AGCUACUGGAGUCGCUGAAAACAACGCCAUGGGCGGGGGUGAAGAACCGCCCACGCCGCCCCACACGCCCCAGAGGGAGAAUGCCCACAUACCCACCAGUGAAGGGGGCGGGGGCAGGCCGCCCAUACCAUCGCUGGACCCACUACAGCAGCAGGCCCUGCAGGCCAGGAUGUUGGGCGGUGGUAACUUUUCCACCUUGUUGACCCUGGCGGCACUGCAGGAGGGCAAAGGGAGCCACGGAGUGCCACUUCCCCCUACGCUGGACGCCCACAAAAGCCUCUCUACCACGCCCACUACCUCCACCUCCACCAUGACUCCUGGGCUGGCGGGACUAUCCUUGGGAUCAGGGGGCGGCGCUCCCUCAUCCCUAGUGCCCGGGGGCAUGGGGGUGAGGGAAGCCCUUAACAAACCCCAGCUAGAUUAUUCCCGCUACGUCAAGCCUUACAGCUCAGCCCUGGAGUGUGGCCACCUUCCUUGCAGGGAACACAACCUCAGAGAGCACUUUCACUGCUUGGAGUGCAACUCGAAAGUGUUCAGCAAGAAGGAGGAGAUGAUCAGACACUUCAAGUGGCACAAGAAGCGGGACGAGAGUCUUCAACACGGCUUCAUGCGCUACUCUCCUUCCGAUGACUGUUCCGACCGCUUCAAUAACUGCUCUCACAACCGCAAGCAGACACACUACCACUGUCUCAAGGAGGGCUGCGACAAAGUAUACAUCAGCACAUCAGACGUCCAGAUGCACGCCAACUACCACCGUAAGGACUCGGCCAUCAUGCAGGAGGGCUUCCAGAGGUUCCGUGCUUCUGAAGACUGUGGCCAACCCUCCUGCUCCUUCAACGGCCAGCGCACCACCCAUUUCCACUGUAUGAGAACCGCUUGCAACUACACUUUCAAGAACAAGGCAGACAUGGAGAAGCACAAGACGUACCAUAUCAAGGACGAGCAGCUGACCAAGGACGGCUUCAAGAAGUUCAUGAAACAGGAGGAGUGUCCGUACGAGGCGUGUAAAUUCUCUCGCGUGGUCAACCACAUCCAUUGUAUCCGGCCUGACUGUAACUACGUCCUGCAUUCCUCCGGCCAGAUAUUCGCUCACAAGGUGCACUUCAACACUCUGCUCUUACACCUGAGAAAACACGAACGUCAAGACCACGAGAGAGCCUACCGCAAGUACAAGCUGGCACAGACAAUGUUGGGAAUGCCAGAGGGCCAUCCCGCCCUCACCCCUCUCCUUCACGAGGCACUGCGGCCCCUUGGUACCCUAGGGGGGCACAUGAUCAACCCCCUGAUGGGACCACUUGGUGGACCCAUGGGAGGCCCCAUGUGUCCUAUUGACCAAAGAAGUGAGGAUUCCUCGUCUCCUCUGGGAUCCGUUCCUGCUCCCGUCACGCCCAUUUCCCUACCCCCAGGACUCCAAAGGCCGCCCGGCUUACUAAUGGGCGGUUUUCCUCCUCCUGGUUUAGCCGAAUCUCAGCACCCACUAGCUCGCCUUCUAGCGGUGGCACCUCCGGCCGCCCACGGUCUGUUCCACGGUGGCUCCGCCACCAGUUCAGCUUCAACCCCAGCAUCCUCGUCUUCGGGACCGGCGUCGCCAGUUGACCUGAGUGUUAGUAUGAGUGGAGCCGAAGACCGUGACUGGGAGCGCUGGGUCCGGUGUCACAGCCGGGAUGAGCCGUGCCGGACUGGCUGCGAUCUGACGGGUAUGGAACACUGGCACUGCGACGAGUGUGAGGCUGUGUUCCGUGGGCGCGAGAGCGCCCGUGACCAUGGACGUGUCCACGAACAACAAACCCUGAUUUCGGACGACCACUACACCAAGGUGACGAGCACUGACGACCCUCGCCCGUGUCCCCCAGACUGUUCCAUCCAGGAUCAUGCAGACCAUUUCCACUGCAACUGGGAGGGGUGCGGCGAGGCCAUCUUGGCGUCAGGCGACAAACCCUUUCGACGCCUCGAACACUUCCGGAUGCACGACUACGCACGAUGCCUGGCCCUAGCGACCCCCCCUGGCGCCGGGGGACCAAUAGGCGUCGCUGCCGUGACCUCCGUUGAUGCCAUGUUCAAGCGUAAGCGCGGACGGCCCCCUAAGAACAGAGUUAUCGAGGUGUGGAAUGACUACAGCGUGACACACACCAAAGUGUUUCUGUCCCGUCAAAAUCGACUUCCUUCCUUGCAGCUUCCUGUAUCGAGUGCCCACGACACCCCUCAGGCCAUAUUCACCAGCUUCAAGUUGCCCAAGAGUUCACCCCCUCCACACGGGCCCCUCGGGAUGCCCAUAGGUCCCCAUCCGAUGACACCCCUGGGUCACUUGGCUCACCUAGGACGGGAGACUUCCCCACCGAGACUACACAUCCCCUGCAGCACCAGCAGCAACUGUAGUACCAGCAACUGUAGUACUGUUGGUCACCCCACCACCCCGGGUGGCCCUCAACCCAUUCUUCUGCCUCUCACAGGUCCCGUCCUCUCAAAUCCGCUCCAACCACAAGCGGAGAUAGUGGAGGGCUUCUAUCCCUGGGGUGAAGGUGUGUCGUGCCCCGACCAGUUGUGCCCACUGCUUGGCCGGCGCCACUACCACUGUGCCCACCCUCGUUGCCUCUAUGUUACCGCUCAUACGGAUGUCCUCCCCCUCCAUGCCCACGACUUCCAUGAAAAUACACCCAUCCCUGAGGGCUUCAUUGCCAUCGACAGGAAUAUUGACUGCCGGUCACCCAAUUGUCAAAGUAAUAAGGUAAACAAACACUUCCACUGCACUCGCUGUGGCUUCUCCUUCGUGCGCUACCAGACACUGGAGUCCCAUGCUGAGAAGCACCAGCAAGAGGAUGGGGCUGUCCACACCCACAGUCUGGGCCCUCAGUCACCCAUAUACCUUAAAAAGCAGCGUCCUGACAGCCCCAUGGAUGCCCCAACGGCUGGUGCAGACAGAGAAUCACCCAGCAAAGCACAGCAAGAUCUCUCCCCCCCAGUGGUGAAGUCGUCGGGGAUCUUCUACCCUCUCUCGCCAUUUCCUACAUCUACCCCAUCAAACAACCGACCCUCCAGCACCCGGGGUGAAGCAGGUGCCCUUGUUACGCCUAUUCCACCAUCAUUACGCCAGCAGAAUUCUACUACAUUCACUCUGCCUGUGUCAGGAAGCCUCACCAUCACUGCCACUCGUCGCUCACCACCACCUCUCGGCAUGCAGUCACCCAUUCGAGAUCGCAUGGAUCAAGUAGAUACUGAUGAUCGUAGUGAAUUUGACAGUGAUCAGCCUCGUCCACUGAGUCAACAAGGGGACCCUUAUUCAACACGUAUCCUUCAGACCCUCAACCGUGAAGAGACGCCACUAGGAGCUGCUUCUUUAAGCUCUGAGUGGCUCUGUCCUGAACGUCAUCCACAGUAUGGCCCUGAAUAUUCUUGUGGUAGACCAUUUUGUAAGCUGAAAAAGAAAGAACAUUUCCACUGCCAGAUUUGCAAUCAAGCUUUUAGUGAACAUGAAAAACUAAGACCACAUCUUAUUAAACAUGCUACUUGUAGCCCAAUGAACUCUGGUGGAUUUUCUGUAGGGGAUGAAGAGGAUGCAGAUGUUUGUACCAAUCAAGUUGAAGAGGAAGAUGGAAAUAUUCAACCAAAAAUUGAGAUCAAUGAUCAUCCAGUCAGCCCAAGAAGUCCCAAUGAAUGUAGUACUAGUAGCUUUGGGCUAACAACACAGAGUAUCUCUACCAGCAGCCCAAGACCACUAAGCAGUGGUGGCAUCAGUGGCACCCUGAGUGGACCCCAAACAACUCCCCAGUUUCCAAUGGUGUACACUCAGGCUGCCAGUUUCCAUGGACUUUCAUCUCCAUUUGGACCACAUUUGAGCAUGGCAGGGAUAUUCCCGGGAUCAUUACCACGUCUUUUGCCACCAGCUGCCUGGCAAGUCCAUCCAGCAUUGGCAGCUAUGGCCCAUCAAGGCCUCAUUAUGCCUGGAGUCCGUCCUAAUGGUGAUUUGACUCAUGGGUCCCCUGUUCCAGGGGGUUUACCUGGUGUCGGUCCAGGAAUGGGUGGACCAGGAAUGCCUGGAUCUGGGGGAGAUCAUAACCCUCUUUUGCCCUCCUCGUUAGGAACUUCACCUCACCUAGCCAUGUUAGGUAAGAGGCUUGGUGCUGAAGACUUCAAUGCUCAAGAGGCCAAGAAGAUUCGCUCCAACCACUCCAUACGGUUGCUCAAAGAUGAGCCUGUACCUGAAGGUUAUAUCCGCUUUAGGUUCAACGAGGACUGUCAAUAUCCACACUGUGGAUACCGGGAGCAUCAAACACAUUUUCAUUGCAUGAGAAAGGACUGUGGUUACUCCUUUUGUGACAAAACUCGCUUUGUGCAGCACACAGCACGCCACGAGCGGCUUGAUACCCUCAUGGGAGGUGAUUUCAACCAGUUUCGCUCAAACAUUUCCUGUGGGCGCCCUGACUGUGUUUACGCCUCAAUGAUAGGCCAGCAGCAAAACAAGGCAUCACAUUUCCACUGUCUCAAAUGCGACUUUGUGUGCACAGACACCAAUAAGGUAGUGGCGCAUCGCAGACAGCACCAGAAGCGAGAUUCCAUCAAUGCCGCAGGUUUUGAAAAGUUUACACCGUCCCAGCCGUGUGGUAUUCAAGGUUGCAACCAUAAUCAGAAGCAAACGCAUUACCAUUGCCUCAAGUGCCAGUAUUCAGUCCUGGGCCUUAGCCAGAUGUCUGCACACAGGUACAGACACCUCGAAUGAAGUUUCUUUGGGGAGUAAUCUGCGGAGAGGCUCCCCAGCGCCCCUAAUGAGGGUGCAGGAACAAACCCAAUAUUUUCAGACAGUGACAUUAAUGCCUGCCCAAGCUACCCUGAGAAGUAGUAAUGGACUGGCAAAUACGGCCUCAAGUGGGCCCGUUUUAGAGCCCAUGUGUUGAACUUGUGUGAGCUACAUGAUGUAGCCUUGUACAAUAGCAUAUGUGUUAUCAUUAGCCUUACAUAUCACUGUAACAUACCAAGUGGUGUAGUUGUUAUUCUUUUUACUGUACCUUGUAUCCAAUUUUUGCUAGACAGUGACCUUUGUACAGAUGAAGUAUACAUGUUAAGUGAUACAUAAGUGAAAAUUCCUGUGUACCAUAAAGAAAAGUGGUUCACUAUACAUGGUGUAUGCAGUGUUGUGGUUGUAUCAGUGAGCCUUAUAGUCAUGGGCAAGUGGUGGGGUGUGGUCAGGCUAGAUCCAUACAUCAGCCUGUAGCCACCACUGCUGCGGCCCACUUCCUGUUGCCCACUACAUAUGGACUAUUUACUGUGUUAUUUAGUUGGUUUAAUAAGAACCAAUGUACUAUUGAUUAAUAUUCCUGAAUGUAUGUGAUGCAAUUGGUAUUCAAUACCAAGAACAAGAAGCCUCAGACCUGUAUGAAACCCGAGUGCCUUGUUGAAGGUUAAACAACAGUGUCUUAUGCGAUAGUGUCUUAAUGUAGGUUGGUGUGGUGUAGUUCGUGUGGUAGACGUGAAGGUGUCGCGCCCACCUGUGCCUUCCUGUAACCUGUGACCUGCCCACCACCCACCAUCACCACCACCACCUUAAUCAUGCCCUCCUCAACCUGAACACACAGCUAUGCUGAAUAUAAUUUUAUACUAUUUAUUUUUUAGUGUUACCAAAUAUUAGUGCCAAGUAUUCCAUACUCAUUCAGUUAUUUCCUGUAGUGCCAAACAUUUUCUACUUUUUUGUUUGUUUUUAAUUUGGUGGCCAAGAAAGUGCCAAUAUCAAACAUCUUUUUUUUAUGAUUUAAAAAGUCUUAACGAUAUAUAGCACUGACUAAUGCAUUCUGCAUUGCAUAUUCAAGCCACGAUGUAGACUUGCUAGUGAAGAUGGCAGAUUAAGAAUGGUCAAAGGCGUGUUGUUAGUGCCUCCUGCUCACUGCUAUCUGUGUGUGUAGCUGGGAUCCCAGGAUUAGCCUUGAUCUGGGAGACCUGUUUACCCCAGGGAGGUAGUCCAAACUAGUUUAAGAACCUCCUCAAUGAGAAGGUAGGCUGCUAGGCCUCUAAGCAGUAGUGUCUUGUUUGCUGUGAUGUAGAUAUGUAGUAUUAAUAAGACAUGACCAACAGUAGCCAGUGUAAAACACGAGACGGCCUACAGUGUGCCCGUCCCCUGCUGCACCUCCUGCUGUGUCCUCUUCAGCUUUACUACUUUAUAUAAUUCUGCCAUAUUGUUAUUGGUAUUAUUCAUACACUUUCCUAGCUUGCACCUUUUUCAUCUUAUAUAAACAGUGUGGUGAGUGAGGCGGGUGUUGUGGUGAGUGAGGCAGGUGUAGGGGCGAGGAGUGGCAAGAGUGAGGCCCACCCACCACCCACUUGCUUCUCACUCUGGAAGCUGCACCGCCUUCUAGCCUCAGUUUUAGCUCACUCAGCACUGCUGAUGCAUUUAUGUACAGUUCUAUUUAUUACAGUGGGUGUCCCAGAUGUGGUGCCGGUCCGAAGGGCAAUGCUCGACCUGUUGUGGGCCUCCAGUAGUUGUCUUCUCACCCUAUUGUAAAGUGAUUUCAGUAAAUAUGUAUUUACUGUUGGUGAGCAGCAGCAAUGGCAUUGUCUGCAGGGCAGUAUGACUCAUCCUGGCACUCCUCUAGCUUAGCUUGCUGACCUCUUAACCCAUGUUGGUGCAAAAAUUUCCCAGAGCUCUUAAACAAACUACUGGAGUCAGUCCUUCAUUUUUUUCUGAAGAGACAACAGUGACUCUCAGAAUGUGGACACUGAACUUUGGAACCCUAGCACCAAUUACCAAACUCUUGGCACUGAUGCACAAAACUCAGACAUUAUCUAAGAGCCCUUGCACCAGCUUAUGGCGCCCAUACAGUGUCAGAUGGUAUCUACAGUAAAUAUGUGCUUGAGUGCUGCACUCAGGUCACCAUUCUGGCAAGAGGUACAAGGCACUUUAGAAGAGGAAGGGAGGAGUGCUAGGCUGGGGAAGAGGGCCACACUGGACCUAUUGGACGGGUGGAAGGGAGUGUUGGACUGGGCACCGCAGCCACACGCUGGGGCCCUCAACAUCCUGGCAACUUACUCAAAUAAAGUGAUACAUCGAAA